GCCACGGCCACGGCGGCGGAGCCAAGUCUGGCCCGGCGACGGAGAAGGACGGCAACAACAACGAGGAGUACGAGAACUACGACGAACUAGUGGCCAAGUCCCUCCUCAACCUGGGCAAGAUCGCAGAAGACGCCGCCAACCGAGCCAUGACGGAAUCGGAGAUGAACAGCAACUCGUCCAACAGCGCCGAGGAGGAGUACGAUGACGAAGAGGACGAGGAGGACGAGGAGGACGAAGAGGACCAGGAGGAAGAGGACGACGGGGAGGAAGAGGAGGAAGAAGAUGAGGGGACGGUCACCCAAAGGGGGGAUUUGACUUUGGACGUGGACAGCGAUGUGGUUCGGGAGACCGUGGACUCUCUGAAGCUUCUGGCUCAAGGUCACGGCGCCGUGAUGUCCGACACUUUAGACGGACAGGAGUUUGGGGACGGCGCGGCCGAGAACAUCUGCGGCCACAACGGGGGAAACGCACACGGCGGCAAUGGUGUUAAGAUCAACAGCAACGGACAAAUGGAAAACAGCGACGAGGAGGUGUGUCUGAGCAGUCUGGAGUGCCUACGAAACCAGUGCUUCGACUUGGCCCGGAAGCUGAGCGAGACCAAGUCCACCGACCGGAACGGGCCGUCCCAGCAGAACCAUUUUUCAUGCGGGGAUCCCAACCAGCAGGCGCAGCACCACAGCUACGGGGAUUUCCACCACAGCCAAGACGACCGGCGAAACUAUUCCGACCUGGACAAUCUGAUGAAGCUGGAGGAGCAGCUGAGCCCGCGCUCCAAGGCCUUCUCCAGCUGCGCGCAGGACAACCGCUACCACGCCAACCUGCGGGACUUCGACGAGGACACGGCCUCCGUGACGUCGGACCGAUCGGAAGAAGUGUUCGACAUGACCAAGGGCAACCUGUCCCUGUUGGAGAAAGCCAUCGCACUCGAGUCAGAACGCACCAAGGCCAUGCGGGAUAAAAUGGCGGCCGAGGCUGCCAGGAGAGACGGGGUGAGGUAUAACCACGAAGACCACGGCCCGCGCCACGGCUACGGCGUCGAGCGUAAAGCCCGGCUUCCAGAUGGCAUGAAGAAGCCUUUCUACCACAAAGACGCCUCCCGCGCGGACAAGAAGGAGAGCCGCUGUCCGACACCGGGCUGCGACGGCACGGGUCACGUGACGGGCCUGUACCCCCACCACCGGAGCCUGUCCGGCUGUCCGCACAAAGACAGGGUGCCACCAGAAAUCGUGGCUAUGUAUGAGAAUGUUCUUAAGUGUCCUACGCCUGGCUGCACGGGACGCGGCCAUGUCAAUAGCAACAGAAACUCCCACCGAAGCCUGUCCGGAUGUCCCAUCGCUGCGGCCGAGAAGCUGGCCAAAGCCCAGGAGAAGCACCAGGGCUGCGACGUGCCCAAGACCAGCCAGGCCUCCGACCGGGUCCUGAGCACGCCGCGCUCCAACCUGGCCAAGGAGCUGGAGAAGUACUCCAAGACCAGCUUCGACUACAGCGCCUUCGACGGCAGCAGCAACCACCCGGCGUACGGCAAACGGGCCAUCGCACCCAAGGUCCACGGCCAGAGGGACACCUCCCCCAAAGGAUACGACGCCAAGCGCUACUGCAAGACCUCCAGCUCGGCCAGCAGCACCACCAGCACCUACGCCCCCAGCAGCAGCAGCAGCAGCCUGAGCUGCGGAGGAGGGGGUGCUGGAGGAGGCCGGGGGGGCGGGGGCAGCAGCGCCAGCAGCACCUGCAGCAAGAGCAGCUUCGACUACAGCCACGACAUGGAGGCGGCCCACAUGGCGGCCACGGCCAUCCUCAACCUGUCCACGCGCUGCCGGGAGAUGCCCCACGGCAUGGGGGGGAAGCCCCGGGACCCGUGCUCGCAGAGCCCGGGUCUGGACGUCGAUGAGAACGGGACGCUGGACCUGAGUAUGAGCAAGCGUCUGUGCAGCGGCGGCGACUCGGUGCUCACCCCCCUGGAGCCCAUGUCCCCCCAGAGGCAAGCCGCCCUGCUGGGCUCCCGCUGCUACGGCAUGGGGGACGCAGCCGACUGCUGGGACCUGCCCGUGGACUACACCAAGAUCAAACACAUAGACGAGGACGAGAAAGAGGCGGACGACCUGGACCCGUUCCACGACCUGCUGGAGGAGCGCUCCUACACCGCAGACGUCAGCAUCCCCAGCCCCAAGCCCAAGUACGUCCACUGCAAGGAGGGCAAGAAGGACCUGAUCACUCUCUCAGGUUGUCCUUUAGCCGAUAAAAGCAUCCGAAGUAUGCUGGCCAACAACGCUCAAGAGCUCAAGUGCCCGACACCAGGGUGCGAUGGUUCGGGACAUAUCACUGGCAACUACGCCUCGCACAGAAGUCUCUCAGGGUGUCCGCGCGCCAGGAAAAGCGGGAUAAAGAUCAUCCACAGCAAGGAGAACAAGGAGGACCAGGAACCUAUCAGGUGUCCCGUCCCAGGUUGCGAUGGACAGGGACACGUGACGGGGAAGUACGCGUCCCACAGAAGCGCAUCGGGGUGCCCCAUAGCAGCCAAACGGCAGAAGGACGGCUACCUAAACGGCAUCCAGUUCACAUGGAAGUCCGGCAAGACGGAGGGCAUGUCCUGCCCCACGCCGGGCUGUGACGGCUCGGGCCACGUCAGCGGCAGCUUCCUGACACAUCGCAGUCUGUCCGGCUGUCCGCGCGCCACCUCGGCCAUGAGGAAAGCCAGGCUCUCCGGAGUGGAACUGCUAACAAUAAAGCAGCAAUGUGCCGGCAACGGACUGGAGCAUGAAGAGGACAUCAAACAGCUGGAUGCAGAUAUCAAAGAUUUAAGUGAAUCAAACUCACAAGUGGAAGCAGAUAUGAUCAAACUCAGAACACAAAUCACAACAAUGGAGUCCAGCAUGAAGUCCAUAGAGGAGGAAAACAAGGUGAUUGAACAGCAAAAUGAAUCUCUCCUGCAUAAGCUGUCCCACCUCAGUCAGUCACUGACUAACAGUUUAGCUAAUGUCCAGCUCCCUCAUAUGAAACCACUGGCACACAAAGAGCUUCCUCUGAGGAACAACAGCUGCUUACAGCUGCACCAGCAAGAGCCAAUAAGCGAGCAGAACUUUGACGCCUACGUCACCACCCUCUCGGACAUGUACUCAAACCAGGACCCGUACCAGAGCCCAGAAAACAAAGUCCUGUUGGACAACAUCAAGCAGGCGGUUCAAGGGAUUCAAGUGUAGCCGGUCAGCAGAGGCCGAGACUUUGGUUCCCCAGCAGGUGUGGCCCCUGAAUCAACAGCCAGUGGUGGUUUGGUCUCACAUAGUGUUAUAUAUUCUAAAUUCUGCUCCUUCAAAAAAAUACUAAGGGGUGCGAUACUUAUAAAAGACCUCUAGAUGAUUUUUUUUUCCGGGCCUUGCUUUGAGGAAGAACACAAGAAGAGUCAUCGGCAAAAUAGUUUUUGAGGACAUUCACAUUUUGUACGUUUUCAUAUGAGCUGACAUCGUGUCAUGUAAUGUUUCUAGCUGCUCAUGUAUGCACAUUUUAGUGUAUAUUUCCGAACAGUAAGCUAAUGAUAAUAGUUCGGGAGUUCUUUUUAUUGCUCGACAGCAAAGGAUUUUAGAUGGAAAAAAAAACUGGACAGUGGAGUAAAAAAAAAAGGAAGCUACUAAAUUUUCUCCCCACUGGAUGAUUUGGGACUGUAUGAUUCUAGAUGUUUUUUUAUUUUGUAUUCUUCUUCUUGCGUGUGGUUUGUUGAAGAGCAAGAACCAGUUUGCAAAUGGCUUUGUUUUGGGACAAUGCUUCAGAAAUGUUUGUGUUUUCUUUUGAAGAAGUAAAAAAACAAGAGGUUUUAGCUGUUGGUGGGGGCAUUUUAAACUGGUGCUGUAAAUGAAUCCGCAGAGGAAACUGACCUGAUGUAUGUAUGAAUGUACGAAUGAAUAGUUCUAUUGUAAACAUCAUUACACGGAAACCCGACGGUGGAAAAUCCCAUAAUCUAGGAGAGCCAAUUCAUUCCUAGAGGAACGCAUGGUCACAUGCUCACCCGAAACUAAUCUCAAAUAGAAUGGCGUGUGAAGACAAUGACCACAUUCUAGCCUUUAGCUAUCAAAUCUGCGCAAUUUGGUGACUCGUGUUGUUUUGACUAAGUAACGUCAGCGAUAUAAUAACUAAAUCAGUCGUUUAUUGUAGGUACGGAAUGCAAUCUGCGGUGGAAAAGAAAAAAAAAAAGGUUGGGUAUAUGCAAUUUCUUGUUUGUAAGCAUAGCGGGGUAACACAACAUCUUUUUAAUAUAUGUAAAAUAUUGAUUUUUAUACAAAUCUUUUAAUACAGAAAAAAGUCUUUUUAAAAGGGAGGGAACCUGGACAUUGCGUUUUAGAAGGGAAAUGAUAUGAGUUCCACUUGUUUUUCUGUACGACUUUGCACAGGGACACCUUCGUUUCCAUGUUCUGAUGUUCUCACAGAAGCUGAAAGCAGUACCCCGGAGCCCGAAGGAGGCUUUCAGAGGGUUUUGUAAAGAGUAUUUAUAGAGUAUGACAGCGGGACUUACAGGGUCACUGUCCCCACUUAUGUGCCAGUAGACUAUUUGCACUUGUCCUUAAAGAUAUUACCCUUGCGUACGGCGGCGUGCAAUUUUUUUUCCAGACGACCUCUUUGGCACCGGAUUGGAGGAAGCAACUGCUCGGAGCCACUUGGAAUCAGAGAGGAAGGAGGUUUGAACCACUGCAGUGAUACUUAUCAAGUGUAAUAACUUUCAUUUUUGCUAUGUUUUAGGACGAUGAAGUUACCCCCCAGCAGCACUUUAUAUCUAAUCACUGUAUAAAGGAUUAAAUAGUCAAUCAGUUCAAGGUUUAUAAAAAAAGAAUUAAAAAAAGCUGAAGAGAUGGUGAGACGAGACCUGGGAGGGGGGGCGCGAUCCAGCGUGCGCCCCUCCCUCGGCCAUGUUCAGAAUAGCCUUUUUUGGGGGCUGAAGCAAAAAGGUGCUUGUCGUUCACCUGAUGGAGUCUCAUGUAUUGUACUUUACUGUCCUCCUUUCGGGACCGUUACUACCCAUCAUCCAUGACUGCAUAGGCCUUUUCCACAGCAUCGUGUCUGCAGCUUUUUCGCCAGUACAGUAACGCUUCGGUAGAGUAAUAGCUGGCAGUUUUCUCAAUUAAGUCUCAUAAUCAGUAAAAAAGGGAAAGGUGGAUUUUAAAGCACAAACCGGCUGCUCAUGUGAUGUGGGUACGUAAAUAACAAAUGGGAAUAGAGUUACCUGUGACUGUCUAUAGGGAACACAAACAGGUUUAGGAAGCUGACUUUUCAUAUAAAUUAUAGUGAAUUCAUAAAAGUUUUAUUAAUUUAUCUGAGGCGAUUCAUUCUUACGGUUGUUUUUCAGUGGCCAUCGACAAAGAAAGGAUUUUGUAUAAACUAUUGUGCUCUCUGUGGAACUGAAGUUUGAUUUAUUUUUGUACUACACAGCAUGGAUUUGUUGACAUUUUAAUUUUGCUAUAAAUGUGUGAGAUCACAAGUUGCUGUGAUAUUUCAUUUAUAAAUUGUGAACUUUGUACAAUUUUUUGUCAUGCUGGAUGUUGACACAUCUUACUCUGAAUAAAGUAAAAGAAAAAAGGUG